AUGGUGGCCGCUCCCGUGUCCGGGCUCGAGCCCCGGGCUGCCGCCGCCUGCCGCCCCACGGGCCUCGCAGCCCCGACCCCGGGCUCAGCCCCGGCCCCGGCCUCCCGCCGCCGCCGCCACCGCCGCUCCAGCUUCACCGCCCGGCCGCCACCGCCGCGACGUCCUGUGCCUCACCCGACGCGCUCCCCCGGCCGCGCGGCCGCGCAACCAGGUUCCGGCCCCGCAAUCAGGUUCCGGCCCCACCAACGGCCCGCGCCUGCGCAGGGCGGCCUCGCGCCGGGCUCCGCGGGAGAGGCUCCCCCCGCUGGCCACGCGGUGGAGAGACGCUGCGAAAGCAGCUGCCUCAAGUGCCUACUCUUCCUGUCCAACUUCCUCUUCUCCCUGCUCAGCCUGCUGGCCCUGGCCAUCGGGCUCUGGGGCCUGGCUGUCAAGGGGUCUCUGGGAAGUAGUUGGGGGUCCCCCCUGCCUGCAGACCCCAUGCUGGGGCUGGUGCUGGGUGGGCUGGCGGUCAGCGCAGUGAGCCUGGCGGGCUGCCUGGGUGCCCUCUGCGAGAACGCCUUUCUGCUGCGCUGCUUCUCCGGGGGUGUCCUUGCCUUCCUGGUGCUGGAGGCCGUGGUGGGGGCCCUGGUGGUGGCCCUCUGGGGCCGGUUACAGGAUGGCCUGGAGCACGUCCUGCGCCUGGCCAUCACCCACUACCAAGACGACCCAGACCUGUGCUUCCUCAUCGACCAAGUCCAGCUGGGGCUGCAGUGCUGCGGGGCGGCCUCCUACCAGGACUGGCAGCGGAACCUGUACUUUAACUGCAGCUCUCCUGGGGUCCAGGCCUGCAGCCUUCCUGCCUCCUGCUGCAUCGACCCCUGGGAAGGCGGAGCAUCUGUCAAUGACCAGUGCGGCUUCGGGGCCCUGGGCCUGGACGAGGACGCGGCCCAGAGGGUGGUGCAUCUGGAGGGCUGCGGCCCUCCACUCCUCCGGUGGCUGCACGGUAACAUCCGGACUUUAGGCUGCUACGCCAUCGGGGUCGUGCUGGUCCAGGGGGUGGAGCUCCUGCUGGCCAUCCAGCUGGUGAGGGCCCUGACUGUCCACAAGGGGGCAGCAGAGAGUGGGGGCCUGUCCAUAGGAACCCCAGACCCAGUGUCCCGUGCUCUGCCAAACUGGUCGUGGGCUGACCAACAGCGGGGAUGA